AUGGAGGCCCUCGAGAGAAGGGCAAGGUCGGGUGAUCUGCCAGAGGAGAUAUUGGAGAUCUUGCGGAUCCAAAAGGACCCGCGAUUCCUGGACGCUCUUGCGACUACGGCGUUGAACCCAAAGUUUACGCUCACCCUUUUCACGCAUUUCGAGAAUGUUUUCGCGGAUACGUGUGCGAGGUGGGUCAGAGGUGCGCAUGGGAAGGUUCAGAAUAAUAGAGUGAUCGAGGGGUUUGCACGAACACUUCCUCUAGCGCCGCAUCUGUCGACUUUCUUGGAAAGGUACCUCGAAACCACGUCCUCGAGUGCUGGAAAGGCAAAUAUACGUAGCCUCUGGAAUGUGGAAGGGAGAUCUGAGAGAUUGGAUACGUUGGAGUUGCAAAGGGUUUUACUUGGUGCUUGGAGACUUCUCAAUUUCGAUAAAUACGCUUUUGAGAAGACGAUUUCGGGUGUGAGGAUCCAGGUUUUUUUCCACCAUAAGGAUAGAGGGGUGCGGUACCUGGCUGUGAGGCUAUUUUGUCAGCUGGUAUCGGCAUCGGAUUUGAAGCUCGAGGCUAUGAUUGACGAGCACAUUGGCAAGAAGGAAGCUGUGAUGGGAGAUUUUGAUGGAGAUAUGGUCGAUUAUGGAUUCAUAAGCCUCCUGGAAGAGAGACGGUUGAACAAUGCACAGAAGGAAUUGGGGCAAGGAUGCGACUUCCGGAAUUUGAAUUUGACACUAUUGUCCGGUUUGGUUUCACAGUAUUCGAAAGUGUUACUGCCUCGACCAAAUGGACAACCUUCAAGGCUAACGACCUUGAUUCCUACUACGACCACCUCAAAAAACAUGGAAACGUUUGCCAUGGCCCUUCUGUUAUUCUCUCCAAUUCUUCUCCAUGGUCUUGCUGGUUCUGGAAAGACAUCGCUUGUCAACGACUUUGCCCGAGAGCUUGGGGUAGACGACGGUAUGGUCACAUUACAUCUAAACGAACAAACCGACGCCAAGAUGUUGAUUGGAAUGUAUACUUCAGGCUCAACGCCGGGGUCAUUUACCUGGCGACCUGGCGUUCUCACCACAGCAGUCAGAGAAGGGAGAUGGGUUUUCAUCGAAGAUCUUGACCGAGCACCAAAUGAAGUUAUUAGCGUGAUUCUACCCCUCAUGGAAAGAGGAGAGCUAUUGAUUCCGAGUCGUGGGGAAACAGUAAAGGCUCGGCGUGGUUUCAAGCUUCUUGCAAGUAUACGCACAUCGUUGAGCGUAACUGGGCAUGAAAAUCCACCAGCUAUGCAUAUGCUGGGAUCGCGACUGUGGAAACGAGUUCCAGUGCAAAUGCCCACCCAACACGAAUUCCGAGAAAUCAUAGAUGGCACCUAUCCAAUUUUGCAUCAAUUCCUGCCUGGGAUAAUUAGUGUGUAUGAUCGACUCUACACACUAUCACACAAGCCAUCCUUCGCAUCAAGAAGUCGAACAUCUCUUGGCCGCCCAAUCAGCCCUCGGGAUCUGCUGAAAUGGUGUCGAAGACUGAACGUAACCUUGGUGGCAGCUGGGUCAAGCACAGGCCGAGAACCCAUCACAGAAGCCACGAAAUAUGAGAUGUUUCUUGAGGCCACAGACUGCUUUGCUGGCAGCCUGCAAACAGAAGAUGCUCGCAAAACAGUUGUUUCUGCUAUUGCCGAAGAGAUGCAUAUUGAUCCCCAGCGAGUGGAGCAUUUUCUCACUUCUCACAUUCCAAGAUAUGAAGACAGCGAGACGGCUUUAAUGAUUGGGAGAGUAGGACUGCCCAAACAAGCUUCCGCACGAGUCACGAAAUCUGUGAAGAAAUCAAGACCUUUCGCAAAUACGACACAUGCGAAGAGAUUGCUCGAACAAGUUGGAGUUGCGGUCAAGAUGGCCGAACCUGUGUUACUUGUUGGUGAAACUGGUAUUGGCAAGACGACUGUGGUUCAACAGCUUGCAGACACAUUGGGUUACAAACUCGUCGCUGUCAACUUGUCCCAGCAAAGUGAAGUUGGGGAUUUGCUUGGUGGAUUCAAGCCCGUCAAUGUCCGAAGUCUUGCCAUUCCCCUGAAGGACGAAUUCGAUGACCUCUUCGCAUCUACCGGCAUUUCUACCACCAAGAAUCAGAGAUACCUCGAGCUGCUUGGGAAGUCUGUUGCAAAGAGCCAAUGGAACAGAGCAUCGAAACUUUGGCGAGAAGCUCCAAAAAUGUUUGACAGCAUUCUCUUGGAGUUGAUAAAGAAGGAAGCAACGAAUGGACGAUCAGCCACUGAGCAGCCUACUAAACGACGGAAGACCGAGUCAAGAUUGCAAUCGCUUUUGAUCCUCAAACCUCGGUGGCAAAAAUUCUCGGAAAACCUAGAUCAGUUUGACGUUCAGUUGUCUGGCGGCUCGAAGGGUUUUGCGUUCACCUUCGUGGAAGGCAACAUCGUGAAGGCUGCUCGGAACGGAGACUGGGUGCUGCUUGACGAGAUCAACUUAGCGUCUCCCGACACCUUGGAAAGUAUCGCUGAUCUACUACACUCUGGCUAUGGUGGAUCUCCAUCCAUCCUCCUUUCUGAGACGGGUGAAAUCGAGAGGGUGAAAGCCCAUCCCAGCUUCCGCAUCUUCGGUGCCAUGAAUCCUGCAACGGAUGUUGGAAAGCGAGAUCUACCCAUGGGCUUGAGAUCACGCUUUACUGAGAUCUACGUUGAAAGCCCGGAUCGAAAUCUUGAUGAUUUGAUUGGUGUCAUUCAAGCGUAUCUCAAAGGUAACCGCAGCAAUGAUGAACGAGCUGCUCAUGACGUGGCUCGGCUUUACUUGAAUACCAAGCGUUUGGCAGACGAGAAGCGACUUGUGGAUGGAGCAAAUCAGGUUCCUCACUUCAGUCUCCGAACUCUCACUCGCGUGCUAAGCUAUGUGAUUGAGAUUGCCCCCUCGUAUGGACUGCGACGAGCUUUGUAUGAAGGCUUUGCAAUGGGAUUCCUGACGUUGCUUGACAGAGAGUCAGAGAAA